AGUGUAGCCCCAGCAGUGCCACCUGUCAGUGUCCAUCAGUGCCAGCUAUCAGUGCUCAUCCAUGCCACCUGCCAGUGCCCAUCAGUGCCACAUUAAAUCAGUGCCACCUAUUAGUGCUGCCAAUCAGUGCCACCUAUCAGUGCCAGUCAGUGCAGCCUAUCAGUGCCAUAUAUGAGUGCUGCCUUUCAGUGCCCAUCAAUGCCACCUAUCAGUGCCUCCUCAUCAGUGCCACUUAUCAGUGUCCAUCAGUGCAGCCUAUCAGUGUCCAUCACUGCAG